AUGGGUAAAAGAAACAGAAAAAACCAAGGGAAGGUUGAACAAUUAGUAGAUGAAAAUGUUUUGCCAUUUCUAGAAGUUGGUUAUGAAGAAAACGAUCCUUUAUUUUCGAUGGGAAUACACCCAAGCGAACCAAUAUUUUUAUCAGGUUUGGUAUCUGGAAAUGUUUAUUUGUACAGAUACGAUCUGGAAAGAUUGAAAGAUUACUGUCUUGAAAAUUAUCUGAAACCCAAUGGAAAGAGUUUAAUUCACAAAGAUACAGGUGAUGAAACUGAAAAGUCAAAAGAAAUAUGGAAAGUUCAAAAUAAUUUGCAGUUUCGUAAUAUAAGUAAAAAAAGCCAAAAUGACGAGUCAGAUGAGGAAGGUGGGAUUGUUUUAGGAUGGAAAACAAAGAGACACAAGGGAAGUUGCAGAUCCAUAUGCUUAGAAAACAGCGGUGAAUAUGUAUAUACGGUUGGUAUAGACAAAGUAAUUAAAAAGGCAUCAAUUGAAACAGGCAAAGUGAUAUGCAAGACUGAUUUUAAGAAAAGCAUUGGCGAAGAUGUGAAUUCAAUGAUAUUGUCAAAUUCCAAUUCAUUUUUAAUUUGCGGUACAGAAUUAGGUGAUAUCAAAGUUUUUGAUACUAGAAGUUUAAAUGUGGUUUUCGAUAUUUCUAAAGUUCAUAACGAUCAGGUCAAUUCCAUGAUAAAUUGCUCAGCUACUUCUAACUAUCAAGUUUAUUCUGUUGGUUCAACUACAUUGAGUAAAGUUGAUUUUCGAAAAGGAAUAAUUAGUCAAUCUGAUGAUCAAGAUGACGAAAUAUUAUCACUUUGUUUUCCUGAUAUUGAGGAUAGCAGUACGAUAGUUUGUGGAAUGAGUGAAGGUAUUGUAACGGUUUGGAAGGAUAAAAAUAAGUUCCAAGAUCAAUUAACGCGAGUCAAAAUAUCUCCAGAUGUGAGUGUUGAUGCUGUAAUAAGUACGAUGGAUUAUGACAAAGACGAAGGAAAUUGUUUUUGGUGUGGAGAUUCCAAUGGAAUGUUGAAUAAAAUUGAUUGUAAAAAGGGCAAAAUUGUUGAGAUGAGGGUGCACGAUGAGACAGGUGAAGUGCUAGACUUGGAUAUUGACUACGAUUACAGAUUGGUGUCCAGUAGCAUGGAGAAGCUUAAAAUAUGGGAUAGCUUUGACUUUGAGAAAGAGGCAGAUGAAGACCCUGAUUCGAGUUUUGAUUCUGAUUCUGAUUCUGAUUCUGAUAGCGAC